AUGGCCGCCAACCCGAGAGAGCCAAGAGACUUUAUAAGCGAUCUCGAGGACCUGGAAGACCUCCUCUGCCACCACAUCACCAACUCCAAACAAUCUCCAGAACUAUUCACAGAACAAGUGAUGGAUAUCCUCAAGAAUGUUCUUAGCAUCGAUCGAACAACCCACUGGAGCAUAAAGUCGUUCAUGCGCGCUCUUCGAGAAGAAUACGCUCUUCAAAAACUCACGGAUAAGGAACCAACCUUUGACCACGCCAGCCACGAAAGCUGGCCUCGCAUCAACCGCACCGCCAUCGAGCCCCUCAACAACAUGCCCAUGACCCACGAUCGAGGUACCGACCCCUGGUCCUUUGCCAUCCGUCUCGCCGACCAGCUUUACAACGUCAUUCGCCUCCAAGCCAAGAUGCCGUAUAAGCCCUUCAUCGAAGUCCUCGCUGAAAACGGCUUCGACCCCCCGGAGCAUGAUGAUUCGGCCAUGUAUGGCAACGAAGCUGACAGCAACGACGACGGCGACCAGAUCCAGGAUCGCCAGGGAUACGAGGUCAGUCUCCACGCGAGACUCUCGUUUCUAGACGAUCGUGUUAAAAUCCUGGAAAAGAGAGAGGAACUCUUAGAAGGCCAACUUGGUCGUGCUACUCAGGCCGUGGCAGCUCUGCGAUCCACAAACUUGGAACUCGCCAAGAAGGUCUCUGAAGUUCAGCAACGAAACCAUGAAUUAACUAGAUCAUAUGUCCUGUAA